GAAGAAGAGGAAGAAGAAGAAGAAUUUUAGUUUUUUUUCUUUUUUAGAAAGCCGUUGAGAGCCCGUCAGAUUUGAAUUGAGUCGCAGACUCCUCGUUGAAAGACUGACGGAGAUGUCCACUCUGUUCCCGUCGCUGUUUCCUCGGAUAACGGAGUCGCUGUGGUUUAAUCUUGACCGGCCGUGUGUAGAUGAGACGGAGCUACACCAGCAAGAACAGCAGCACCAAACAUGGUUACAGAGCAUUGCUGAGAAGGACAAUAACCUGAUGCCCAUCGGAAAACCCAUUUUUGAGCAAACAUUUGAUGAGGAGGAAGAGGAAGAAGAUGAGGAUGAGGAGGACAGCGAAGAAGACUCUGAAGAUGAAGAGGACAUGCAGGACAUGGAUGAGAUGAACGACUACAACGAGUCACCUGAUGAUGGCGAGAUCAACGAGGUGGACAUGGAGGGAGCAGACCAGGACCAGGACCAGUGGAUGAUUUAAAUCGAUACUUUGCAAGUCCUGACCAAGCCUUCUGAGGCAGGAUUCACACAGCCUCAAAAUCUGACUGACUGUUACCUCUUUGCUCUGUGGGGACAGAUACAAAAUUUGUCAGUAGAAAAAAAUAGUGCUCUUGGAUUGAAGCCUAUGCUGUUACAGCUGAAGGGGUAAUUGGGCUCAAGCUGUAUUGCCCCCCGCCCCCCUUCAGUCUCUUCACACAGCCUCGUUGGAUUGCAGUUCAUCUCUGCUGUUACCUUUGUCUACAGAUUCUAUAGUGUUCAUCCAUAGUGUUAUAAAGCCAGAGGUUGAGUUGUCAAAUGGCAAAAUGUGCAUGGAUGUGUAGUUAUUUUGUGCGUGCCUGCAUAUGUUCGAGAGCAAAUUUCUGAGACGGGAAUUACAGUGGAACAUUAGGGCCAGGCAAGAAAAAACAUAUUACAUUUUUCUUAAAAAAGUCAGAAUUUUGAAAUGGUCGGUUUUGAUGAUUUGAGAAUUAGUCAUUAGUGUGACAAAAUAAUUCAAAAACAAUUUUUUGACAUUCCAUGAAGUUACACAUCUUUGUAAAUUGUCAGUAGAAAUUAUAAAAUUGUCUUUAUUUCGUGCAAACAACCAACUAGAGCAGCGUGGCAUUCAAAUACUAAACAUAGAGGAAAGCCACACCAGCAUUUCAGAAUUGUCUUUAAAUAAAUGUAUAAUUCGUACCUUUCAAAGGCACAUUGGAAAAUUCAAAAUUGUUGGGAAAUGUCCUAAAUUUUACGUGCCUUUAUGUUUGAAUGCUCUCGUGGAUACUGGCCGGUUGUUUGCGCUUCACUGAGGACACGCGACUUCAUAGAAUGUCAAAUAAAACUAACUUCUGGUGUUUUCUCUCAAAAUGUCCCAAUUAUUAAAAUAUAAUCAAAAUUAAUUCAAAAAUCCGACUUAAUUUCUCAGAAAACUUAAAAAAAAAAAUAUAUAUAUAUAUUUGUAGAUGGCCUUAAUAUUCCAUUGUAAGUAAUACCUGGGGCUUUGUGAAAACUCCAGAUGUUUUUGGUCGGCGGUCCUCGUGCUCCACCAGUUCGGCUGGGUGUCUGUUCUGAGGUGUAGUUCAUGACAUCCACUUGUCGUUCCAGGUGCAAAGCCUGCCUGCCAGGAGGCUGGAAUGACUGGAACAAUAGGUGGAUGUAAGGGUGUAAUGAACUAUCUGGUAUCCCUGAUGACCUGUUUGACAACCACUGUUUUAGAGUAAACGGAUCAAUAGAAAAUGGUUGGAUAAUCACACACACACACAAGGACUAAGUUGUUCUUUUGCAAUUUGGAGAUAGUGGCAGUGUUUUGGCUAUCUUUUCCCGUUGUCCCUGUCAGGCAAACACGUACACAUUCUCGGCAGUAAUACGCACAACCCCUCAAGGUCCUUAGUCAUCUUGUUUUUGUCAAGAUAGGACCUUUGAGCUCCUUUUAUUUCCAGUCAUGCCAUGUCCCAUGGGGUCUCCAGACUGCUAACUUGGCAGGAACGGUAGCUCAACUGGUCGUACACCAAUGGACCUGGAAAUCUCAUACAAUUACAGUUAUGACCUGGCAUUUUUCUUGUUGGUUUCCCAACACCCACACUACUGAUUAUAGAAGACUGAUGAUGCUGUCUUUUACGUUAACAUUAUCCUUUGAACAGCGCGUCAGCUUCGUGAGUCAAAUACAUUGACAGUCCUUUUUUCUCUCUGUAAAAGGUCAUCUUAUGUGGAGCGGCCGUGACCUUCCAGAAACGUGUAGUGUGGAAACGGGAAGGCACGUUUGUCCUUCCAAGUUUUCUGCACCACACGUUCCACAAUGUGCAGGGUCAGCGGCAGUCAUGUGACACACAUACCAGGUUAAUAGUAAGCAGACUGCGACUUCAGUAUUAGAGAGAAAUUUCACAAAUGUUUAACCUGUUUUUUACGUUUUUAAUCACAAAAGCCACUAAUUGACAGAAAAGUCCAUAAACACAAUAAGUCCAGCCGAAACAUGACAGGGAUUUUAAAGUGUCAAGUUUAAUGAAGUUUCUGUUGGUGAUAUUUUCCAGUUGUUACUUGUCUUGAUAUUAAUAAACAAGCUGUAAAUAGGAACCCACACUAGACUUAAUUAUUUGCUUUGUAGAGAAGAGGUUAGCAGAUUUUCUGUGGGAACGCAUUUUUGUGUGUAAUUAGCCGGUGGGGGGAUUUGUGAGCAGGGGUGAGGACCAGCAGACAUAAUGCACAACAGCGAUAGGCAACAUGGUCCAGAAAGGUCCGGUGA